UUAGCCAACGUCGCCUACAAGUGUGAGUGGCGAUUUCUAUUGGAGAGCCGUUUCUGUCUGUCUUCAUACUGUACUGACUUUGUCUACUCCUUGCGGGCUGCGUCAUACUGCUGCAAUGUUGACGGUCUCGAUUAAUGGUCUCGAGCAUAGAAAUAGAACGUAUAGAACGGCCCGCACACAAUUGAGGAACCGCUUUAUCGCGUUGUUUCAAGCAGGGAGUUCGACACAACAAGAGAGAGAAAUAGAGCCACCCAAAUAACAAACAGCAUCAGAGGAAUAAAGCGACCGAAGAGGGGGCGAUAAGCAAAGCUGGAUAUAGCUUAGCACGCAUGCUAACGUUGGCUUCUAGUUAGCUAGCUACGUCGCAACGGCCAAACGACCCCGCAGAGAACAACAUCCAAAGGCGAUAGUCAGAAGGCAGGGUUUACAACUGAAUUUCAAUGGUAUUUUUAAAUAAAAGCAGGUUCGAGCAUUAUGUCCUGCUCUGGUAACCUGGUUUGGGAUGUUAACAAGCGCUCCAUUGGAUAUAAUGACCCGAAUGCUGUCAGGAUCAACUACUUAGGGAGAAGAGAAUUUGUCCAGCGGCUGAAACUCGAAGCGACGCUCAAUGUUCACGAUGGCUGUGUCAAUACCAUAUCCUGGAACGACACUGGAGAGUACAUCCUGUCAGGGUCGGACGAUACCAACCUGGUCAUCACAAACCCAUACAACAGAAAGGUCAAGGCAACCAUACGGUCGGGUCACCGGGCGAACAUCUUCAGUGCCAAGUUCAUGCCUCAGACCAGUGACCAGCAGAUCAUCUCGUGCUCUGGGGACGGUAUCAUCUACUACACCCACACAGAGAAGAGCCCUGACAUCAACAGGCAGUGCCAGUUCACCUGCCACUACGGAACAGCCUACGAGAUUAUGACGGUACCCAACGACCCCUACACGUUCCUGUCGUGUGGGGAGGACGGCACCGUGCGCUGGUUCGACCUGCGCACGAAGACCAGCUGUACUAAAGAGGACUGCAAAGACGACAUCCUGAUUAACUGUCGACGGGCGGCGACGUCUAUUUCCAUCAGUCCGCUGGUGCCCUAUUACCUGGCGGUGGGCUGCUCCGACAGUUCCGUACGCAUCUACGACAGACGCAUGCUGGGCACCAGGGCUACGGGGAACUACAUGGGCCGUGGAACGACGGGCAUGUGUGUGCGCUUCGUUCCGGCCCACCUGUCCAACAAGUCGUGUCGUGUGACGUCGCUGUGCUACAGCGGGGAUGGGCAGGAGGUGCUGGUCAGCUACUCUUCAGACUAUGUCUACCUGUUUGACCCCAAUAAUGACCAGGCCCGAGAGCUGAAGGGUCCGUCCGAGGAGAGGAGGGAGGAGCUGCGUCAACCCCCAGUGAAGCGUCUUCGUCUACGAGGUGACUGGUCUGACACCGGUCCCCGAGCUCGCCCUGAGAGCGAGAGAGAGCGGGACGGAGAGCAGAGCCGCAACGUGUCGCUGAUGCAGAGGAUGUCGGACAUGUUGUCCCGCUGGUUCGAGGAGGCCAGUGAAGCCCAGGUGGGCCGGGGGACCACGCGCCCUCAGACACGCCCUAGAGGCACUCUUCCUCGCAUAGAGGGGACUUCUACAACCCCCACCAUUCCAACGCUCCCUACAACACCCCCUCCACAAGAAGCCAGAGCCCCAGAGGGCUCCGUGGAAAUGGAGGCCCCUGCCAUCACCACUGUAUCUGUACUCCUUCCCAAGUCCACCUGCUCCUCAGGGUCAUCGUCUACGGUUACAGCACCUCCACCGUCAACCUCCUCACCCAUGGAGGGCUCGGUGCCUCCCUCAUCCGCCCUCACCUCCUCCCCAGACUCAGAGCAGGGGAGUCAGGCAGACACGGCUGUGACUCCGACGCCAACACCCACCACAGAGGCUGCUCUGUCUGUAUCCCCCUCGUCUCUCCACCGCUCUAUCCCUCUCGUCUCUCUACUGCUCUAUCCCUCUCGUCUCUCCACCUCUCUGUCAGAGUACAGCCCUCACCGGCUGCCGGUAAGUUUAGUGUGUAGGCGCUUGCAGCGGCUGCUCAUGUUGGCCGACCCACCAGGACAGAGCCAAUCCCCUUCCUCCACCGCAGCCACUGAGAGCCAAUCACAGGGGGCUGUUGCUGCUGCCACCAAGACGGCCCCCCAUACAGAUUCUCCCUCGUCUGUGGUUAACAAACAGCUGGGAUCCAUGACUCUGGAUGAGCAGCAGGGAGCAUCAGAAGCUGUGAGUGUAAGUGCUGGAGCGAGUUCAGUCAAAGUGAAAACUCUGUCUGGGUCUGCCAGUUUAACUGGAACUUCGUCUGGGUCCGGGGCACCCAGCAGCAGUACUGGACCUGGAGGUAGCCGAGCCAGCACGGCAGAACCCGUCCUGAGUCUACACUACAGCACUGAGGGAACCACCACCAGCACCAUCAAACUGGACUUCACUGACGAGUGGAGCCGCAUAGCCUCCAGUUCCAGGGGCAGCGGAGCCUCCAGUUCCAGGGGCAGCGGAGCCUCCAGUUCCAGGGGCAGCGGAGCCUCCAGUUCCAGGGGCAGCGGAGCCUCCAGUUCCAGGGGCAGCGGAGCCUCCAGUUCCAGGGGCAGCGGAGCCUCCAGUUCCAGGGGCAGCGGAGCCUCCAGUUCCAGGGGCAGCGGAGCCUCCAGUGGAGAGCCCAAACUGUCAGAGGCAGCAGGGGCCUUCCAGACCAGAGAAGGGCCUUUGGCAGAGAGCUCUGCCUCUGAGUAUGUGGCUGUGUCGGAGCCCCCCGACCAGAGCAGGUCUGCUGCUUCCCACUCAGACCCAGAGUGUGAGGCUGGGGGUGCCUCCUUCUCCAGCAUCCAGGGCUCCACGCUGGCCCAGGCCCCAGCACAAGCCUCCUCUGUGGGGGAUAGUGUGACUGCCACGCCCCUGGAGAGGAGCCAGGGUGUGGGUGCAGAGGACACCACUGGGGGGUGCAGGAGAGAGGAGCCUGCGGGGGAGGGGGGGCAUGGGGGUCCGACAGGGCCAGGGGGGCAGGGGGUUCCAACGGGACCAGGAGGGCAGGGUCAACCCUCCCGUAGCAACCAGGACUCAGACGACAGCGAUGACGACCCAAUUCUUAUCCCCUCUGCGAGGUACAGAGGAGGACAAGGACAGAGACGCUCAGCUGCGGCCCGUAUCCAGGAACUGUUUCGUCGGAGGAAGGAGAGGAGAGAGAUGGAGGAGAGUGAGACCCAGAAUAUCAGGAGACCCUCAGUCAAAAUGGUCUACAAGGGCCACCGCAACUCCAGGACUAUGAUCAAGGAGUCGUGUUUCUGGGGGAACAACUUUGUGAUGAGCGGUUCAGACUGUGGCCACAUCUUCAUCUGGGACAGACACACGGGCGAGCACCUGAUGCUGCUGGAGGCCGACAAUCAUGUAGUCAACUGUCUCCAGCCACACCCCUAUGACCCCAUUCUUGCCUCGUCAGGGAUCGACUACAAUAUUAAAAUCUGGUCACCGUUGGAGGCGUCGCCGUCCUUUAACAGAGUCCUAGCUGACGAGGUGAUCACGCGUAAUGAGUUGAUGCUAGAGGAGACCAGGAACACCAUCACAGUCCCCGCCUCCUUCAUGCUGCGAAUGCUGGCCUCCCUUAAUCACAUAAGAACGGAUCGCUUGGAGGGUGACCGCUCAGAAGGUUCUGGACAGGAGAACGAGGGUGAGCAGUAGCUGCCCGGACACCAUUUUAUUUGAAAAAGAAAACAAUUUUUUUCUUUUGCUCUAAAAAGCACUUGAAGAUCUUGAGAUUUGUACAAGUAUUAUGUAGAAUAUUUCCUUAUCUGAGCAUUAGUUACAUUUUUAGCUCUUCUUUUUUAAGAUGACUUUCUUACUGGUGUGUCUGUAUGAGAACUGCAUGUGAGGAAAAGUGUGUGAAUGCAAGCGCAAAGCCAGACUCAUAUAUGUAUAUGUAUGUAUGUAUGUGUGUACAGUUGAAGUCGGAAGUUUACAUACAUUAGGUUGGAGUCAUUAA